AUGAAGACUGAGUUCAAGUUCUCAAACCUCCUCGGCACCGUCUACGGUCGAGGAAAUCUCGUCUUCACACCCGAUGGCAAUUCUCUACUUUCGCCAGUCGGGAAUCGUGUCUCUGUCUUCAACCUGACCAAGAACACGAGUUACACCCUUCCCUUUGCACAUCGCCGAAAUAUCUCUCACCUCGACCUUACGGCUGACGGCAAAUUACUCCUCACCGUCGACGAAGAUGGCCGUGCAAUACUGUCGAUUUUCACCAGAAGAAUUGCCAUCUAUCACUUCUCCUUCAAGACUCCAGUCUCGGCACUAGCGUUCUCUCCUAGUGGGAAGCACUUUAUUGUCGGAUUGGGCCGCAAAAUCCAAGCCUGGAAGACUCCCUCCAUCCCCGGGGGAGAUGCAAAUGGGGAGCUCGAGUUUGCGCCGUUUAUUCUGCAUCGGGAAUACGCUGGUCACUUUGACGAUGUCAGACAUCUCAGCUGGUCUGGAGAUUCACGCUUCUUCCUGAGUUCUUCCAAAGAUCUGACCUCUCGAAUAUGGAGCUUGGAUCCCGAAGAAGGGUUUGACCCAACAGUCCUCUCAGGUCACAGACAACAAGUCAGAAAUGCGUGGUUCUCCGCCAGUCAAGAAGCCAUUUACACCGUCAGCGAGGAUGGAGCUCUGUUUAGGUGGGAGUUUGUCCCGAAACAACAAGAUGACCAGGACGAGACCGAAGAGCCCAUUGACGAAAGAUGGCGGAUUGUGCAGCGGAACUAUUUCAUGCAGAAUGCCAAACUGAAAUGUGCGACCUUCCACCCACAGACAGGUCUCCUGACCGUAUGCUUUGACAAUGGUUUGUUCUCACUGUAUGAGGUCCCCUCCUUUUCAAACAUCCACAGCCUCUCCUUGGCCUCUUCUCCCAUCUCGGCCGUCUCCACCAACAAGACGGGAGAGUGGUUAGCAUUGGGGUCGUCGAAAACGGGCCAUUUACUUGUCUGGGAACAUGCCUCAGAGUCAAACAUUCUCAAACAAUCUUCACAUCUCGAUACCAUGACCACGUUAUCAUAUUCUCCCGAUUCGACAAGAAUCAUUACUGGUGCCGAUGAUGGCCUCAUCAAAAUAUGGGACGUAUCAUCCGGUUUCCACAUAGCAACAUUCACAGAGCACACCUCGGCAGUCACCGCCUCAACUUAUUCAAAACGAGGAAAUAUUCUGUUCACCUCUUCCUUGGACGGCUCCGUACGAGCCUGGGAUAUGCUGCGGUACCGAAAUUUCCGGACCUUUACCGCCCCUACCCGUCUAUCAUUCUCCUGCUUAGCGAUUGAUCCCUCCGCUGAGAUAGUGUGUGCUGCAUCACACGACUCCUUCGACGUACAUCUCUGGUCGGUACAAACAGGCGCUCUGCUUGAUCGUCUCUCGGGCCACGAAGGUCCUAUAUCCACUUUGGCAUUCACACCGGAUGGUCGAUAUCUCGUCUCGGGCUCAUGGGAUCGAACCAUUCGUGUGUGGUCAGUGUUUGACCGUUCACAGACUUCCGAGGCUCUCCAGCUCACUUCAGACCUGCUCUGUGUUGCCGUCCGACCAGAUUCGGCCCAAAUUGCGGCAUCAACGCUUGACGGGUCGAUUUCUUUCUGGAACCUCAACACAUCGAUACAAGAAUCUGGCCUCGAUGGUCGGCGGGAUGUCAGUGGCGGGCGGACCCUCACUUCUCGACGGACCGCGGCUUCAACUCCCGGCACAAAGUCGUUCAAUUCGAUCACAUACUCCAGUGAUGGAUCCUGCCUCCUCGCCGCAGGAAGCAGCAAAUAUAUUUGUCUCUACGCUACGAGCACCCUGACUCUCAUCAAGAAAUUUACCGUGUCAAUAAACCUAAGUUUAGACGGCACGCAAGAGUUCUUGAAUUCGUCGGCCAUCAUGUCCAACGGCCUACCGCGAGACAUGAUCGACACCGAGGGGGAGGCAAGUGACCUCGAAGAGCGUAUCGACCGGAGCCUGCCUGGGGUGAAACGUGGAAAAGAUGCAACUGCCCGUACACUUCGACAUGAGGUCCGAGUGACCGGCGUCGAAUUUUCUCCAGCAGGGAGGAGCUUUUGUGCCUGUAGCACCGAAGGGCUACUGAUAUACAGUCUCGACAACUCAGGGAACGAGGAUUUCGAUCCCUUUGACCUCGAUAUCGAUGUCACACCACAAAACAUCCGCGCCAUAUUGAAACAAGCAGAACCUGUGCACCUCAAAGCUCUAGUGAUGGCAUUUAGGUUGAAUGAUCGCCAACUUAUACGACAAGUCUACCAAGCAGUCCCGUAUGGUUCGAUCCCACUCGUCGUUCGGGAACUGCCCAGAGUCUAUCUUGGACGUCUCCUGAUGCUCCUUGGUCAGCAGAUGGAGAAUGGUCCACAUCUUGAGUUUACGCUGCUAUGGGUGAGCGAAGUUUUGAGCAUCCAUGGUAGAUACAUCAAAGAGAAGCAAGGUGACUUUGCUGGUGAACUCCGGGCUGUUCUCCGUGGAGUUGACGGAAUUGGAAGAACAGUGCGGAAUCUGAGCGAGAGAAAUGCUUUCGAGAUUGAAUAUCUAUGUCAGCAGAAACCAAUGACGAAUGGUACACACAAAUCCAUCGGCAACCGAUCUUCAGAAGAUGUGGCCGAGUUCGAAGCCAUGGACGAGGAUGGAGAGGAAGGAGAUUGGAUCGGCGUCGAAUGA